CUGAUUGAUAGCUGCAUCACCAAACGCCAAAAAACAUGGACUCGCUAAUUGAAGACAUUGACGUGAAAGAUGUAAGGUUUCCCACAUCACUCAAUAACGACGGGUCAGAUGCCAUGCACGUGGACCCAGACUAUUCGUGUGCGUACGUAGUGGUGAGCACUUCUGGCGGCGACAAAGGGUACGGCUUCACCUUCACCAUCGGACGAGGAACCGAAAUUGUGGUGACAGCGGUAAAAGCGCUAUCUUCGCUGGUCAUCGGUCGAUCGCUGUCGUCCAUCUUCGAAGAUUUUGCCAAGUUCUGGAGGGAGUUGACGAGCGAUUCACAGCUCCGAUGGGUGGGCCCAGAAAAAGGUGUAAUCCAUCUUGCGACAGCAGCUGUAGUUAACGCCAUCUGGGAUCUAUGGGCUAGGAGAGAAGGAAAACCCCUAUGGAAACUCCUCGUGGAUAUGGAACCGGAAACCUUAGUCUCUACUAUCGAUUUUCGAUACAUAACAGAUGCUUUAACAAAGGAGGAAGCUUUGAGUAUUUUGAGAGAGAAAAAGCAGAAUAAGGAAGAAAGAGAGGCUCUGCUGAGACGUGAAGGCUAUCCGGCUUAUUGCACGAGCGUCGGUUGGUUGGGAUACUCGAACGAAAAGAUCCAGCGCCUUUGCCAAGAGAAACUAAAGGAAGGAUUCACCGCAUUUAAGGCUAAAGUUGGUCAAAGUAUUGAAAAUGACAAGGCAAGAUUGACUUUAAUUCGUAAGGAGAUCGGAGCCAAUCAUUUAUUGAUGGUGGAUGCGAAUCAAAAGUGGGAUGUGGAUGAAGCAAUAUCCUGGAUGAAGGAAUUGAAAGACUCCCGCCUGCUGUGGAUAGAAGAACCUACUAGUCCAGAUGACAUAUUAGGACAUGCAACUAUCUCCAAGGCUUUGGCGCCCUAUGGUAUUGGCGUGGCAACCGGAGAACAGUGCCACAACAGGGUGAUGUUCAAGCAGAUGUUGCAGGCUGGCUCCCUCCAGUUCUGCCAAAUCGACUCGUGUCGACUAGGAGGCGUCAACGAGAUAUUGGCGAUCUACCUCAUGGCACACAAGUUUAAAGUCCCCGUUUGUCCACAUGCCGGCGGCGUAGGAUUGUGUGAGCUGGUUCAGCAUCUAGCAGCCUGGGAUUUUAUAAGUGUCAGUGGGUCUCUCGAAAACAGAAUGAUAGAAUAUGUCGAACAUCUGCACGAGCAUUUCGAGAACCCUGUCGUCAUGCACAGAGGGCGCUACAUGUUGCCCCAAGAGCCCGGGUACAGUUCCAAAAUGAAAGAAGACAGCAUCGCACAGCACGAAUAUCCUGAGGGUGUCGUCUGGAAGAAACUCCGAAGGGAAAGCAAAGUUUGAUAUCUGAAGACAGCAAUAACACACGAAGAUCCACAAAAGAAGAUGUAUCUAUAUAAUCUUAACUAAUAAUAAAGCUGAAA